AUGGGGUGCUGUUCGAGCGAGCUAAGAGACAAUUCUAAAUCUGAGAUGAUUCAACUCAAACUCAAAGAGUCAAUCGAAAGAAGUAACACGAAAUCAAUCCAGCAAAUCAUUCGCCCUUUAGAAAAACCUCUCCCAGACAAUGACUCUUCUUUAUUAAAUGAGCCAAUCACACGAUAUAAAGAAGUUGAGGUCAAUUCUUUAGGAUAUUCCCUUGUUUUGGGGAAAAUUGACGUCUUUAAGCACCUUCAUCAGAAGCUUGGUGCAAAUAUUGGGACAAUGGAAAAACUUUUUGAGAAGCAAGGGAUCAAUCCUCUAGAUAUCCUUUGCCAGCAAGGCUAUGUAGAAAUGCUGAAUUACUAUCUCCCACAUUAUCUUGCAACCCAUAAAGACUCACUUCCCCAUACCACAGAAGACAGCAUGACUGUUGAUUUUCAAAGAGCUGCAUACAUUGAUGUGCCAAUCAAAAAACCGCAAACUGCGAUACACUUGGCAUGCGAGCGAGGAUACAUAAAUGUCAUCAAUUACAUUCACAAUUAUUUUAAAGAUGAAGCAUUUGUUCCUCACUUUCUCGACAUCGAUUACCAAGAUGACUAUACAGGAGAGAACUGUGCCAUGAUUGCUGUAAGAAAUGGAAACUACGCAAUGAUCAAGUUUCUACAUGAGACAUGCAGAGCUAAUUUUAAUUUACGAAAUAAAAGGCAUGAAGGUGUUGUUCAAGUCGCUGCUGCUGGAAGCAAAAAGAACGUGAAUAAAGAUUACCUGGAGGUUUUUGAAUAUCUAGUUGAAGUAAUUAAGUGCGAUAUCACUGAUAAUUACGAAGAAACUUUGCUUAUGAUUGAUGAUACUAAUGUUGUCAAAUAUCUGGAAAAAAUGCUUAAAAAGGCUGGAAUUAAUGUGAAGAAAAAGGAGCUGGAGGAAAGAAAUAAAAUAGUGCCGAGGAACUUGACCAAAGAGGAAGAAGAGGUGAAGAUGGAUGAUUUCGGACAACACAAUUUUGUACUAGGGAAAAUGCUGGAAGAGCCUGAGAGAAAAAGCAUGCUCAGUUCAAUCAUUCCUUCAGAGUCUAAGCUGGAAACUCCUUUUAUCAGUGUAUUUGAAGGAAAUUAA